AUGGAUUUAAAUUUUAUUAAUAAUGUAGGUACUGAACAACUUCACCCACCGUUAAAAUUAUUCAAUACUUUACGUUCUGUUCAUAAUGUCAAAAGUUUUAUGGGUGUACGGGGUCCAACAGAGAGAAUUGAAAUGGAUCAUGCUUUAAAAAGAUAUAUAUUUAAAUUACUAUAUUAUAUUGCUUUAGAUAAUGGUAAAGAUAUUAAAUUUUUAUUCCCAGAUUCAAAUAUAGAUUUUAAUUCUUUAGACGAACUUUUAGAUAAAUCAUCAUCUGAAGAAACUGAUUUUUAUAGAAUGAAAAGUUCACAAAUGAAUAAUAAACAUUCUUUUAAACAUUCAGGUAGAAAUUGUGGUAGAAAAUUUAAAGUUGGAGAACCUUUAUAUAGAUGUCAAGAAUGUGGAUUUGAUGAUACUUGUGUUUUAUGUAUUCACUGUUUUAAUCCAAAGGAUCAUGAAAAUCAUCAUAUAUAUACUGAUAUGUGUAAUGAUUUUACUACAGGGAUAUGUGAUUGUGGUGAUGAAGAAGCAUGGAAUUCUGAAUUACAUUGUAAAGCUGAUGAAAUUACAAAUGAUAAUGAUUCAAAAGAAUCCAUUGAAGAACAUCAAUUUAAUGAAGAAAGUAUUACAAUGGUAUUAACUGAAGCAUUAAAUUAUUUCUUAGAUUUAUUUAAUCAAAAUAUUGAAUCAUUACCGACUUUUACUAAAGAUAUUACAAUGACUUUAAGACAAUUAACGCAAGAAAAAAAAAUUACAGAGGUGAAAAGUUUCUUAGAAGAUUUUAAAUAUAAAAAUAUAUUUGCCGAUGAAGGUAGUCAGGAUCAAUUUACUGUCAUGAUAUACAAUGAUGAAUAUCACAAUUAUUCUCAGGCAACUACCGCAUUAAGACAAGGUUCACCAGAUAAUGUUCAUACGGAUAUCUUAACCUCUAAAAUCGAUAGUGAAGGUAGAGCCAUGUUAAAAUGUUCUGAUGAUGUCGAAACUUUAAUGGCAGGUUUCUUUGCUGUUCAAACGAAUGGCCUAUGUGCCACUUUAACUUCAUGGUCUGAAUUUGUACAUCAGGAAACAUGCAAAUAUAUUAUUCAAUGGAUGGGUCAUUGUUUAACUAUUCCAAAUUCAAAUUUUCAAUCUAUCUUUAGAGACGCUCUUGGGAAAGUACUAACUACCCCUGGUGAUGCAUUAACCCAUUCGGAUGGUCCUCUUCAAAACAUUCAUCAAUAUUUCCCAAAUAAACUCUCUGGGACAACUACACAUCCUCACUUAGAUUUAUCCAUUCUUAAUGAGUUUAAUAGAAUUCCACAAGGUUAUCACCAAACAUUACCAGAAUCAAGUUUACAUUCUAUAUCAAAUACAUUGAACCAAACUAUACCUGUAGAAGAAAAAGAAUAUGCAAAUUCUAGGUUACAAUUAUUACUUUAUUUUGAUAAUAGAUUUUGGAAAAAAUUAAGAAAAGAUAUUCAAAAUGUUAUUAUUCCAACUUUAGCUUCUUCUAUCAUUUAUAAACCAAUUUUCUGUGGACAAGUGGUACAAAUAUUUAAUCAUAUAACACGUUCUAUCGCAUAUAUGGAUAGAGAACCUCAAUUAACAGCUCUUAGAGAAUGUGUUGUUCAACUUUUCACUUGUCCAACAAACGCUAAAAUGAUCUUUGGAGGAGAAAAUGGUUAUUUUAUUGAUAUUGUAUGGUCAAUUAUUGACAUCUUCGUGGAAUUCACUAAAAUUGAUAAUGGUACUUUGGUAUGGCAAAGAGUUCAAAAAUCAAAUCCUACAAAAAGUUAUGGAAUUUCCUUAAAACAAGGUCUAUACACCAUUGAAACUUUAAUUAGUAAAGUCGAUGAUGCAAAUAUCCUAUUAAGACCAGCUGAGUUCAUAUCAGUCGUGACUCUUUGUAAAUUGUUUAAUGGUGCAUGGAAAAUUGUAAGAAAGGAAGGUGAACAUGUUUUACACGAAGAUCAACACUUCAUCCCUUAUCUAGAGUAUACCACUUCGAUAUAUUCAAUUAUUCAAACAAUGGUAAAUGCAGUUGUCAAUGAGGGUUGUGACAGACAAUUAUUAUUAAAUGCUAUUAGAUUGAUCAAUUCAUUUUUAGGUUAUAAAUCGUUGACAUACAAAUUAGUUCAUAAUAGUCAUGAAAUUAUCAAGUUUUCAGUAGCAGUGGACAGAGUCGCAUACAUGAACCCAAUUCAUACUUUAUUCUCAUUCCUAAUUGAAAAUGUUCCUUUGGUUGAAGCAUACGAAACUAUUAUUUAUCAGGAUUCUAAUUCAGCACCACAGUUACCUGUCGUGCCAGAUUCUUUAACAUUUAAUGCUAUGUUGCAAUUCAAAGAAGAAUAUGAAGAUAAACUCUCACAAAGUUUUGAUUUCUUAAAAAUUUCUGAUUUUUCUUUAAGAUCAGUUGUUUUAUGUUCGCAAAUUGAUGUUGGUUUCUGGGUACGUAACGGGAUGUCUGUACUUCAUCAAACAUCAUAUUAUAAAAAUAAUCCAGAGUUGAAUACUUACUCUAGAGAUAUUCAUUUAAAUCAAUUAGCCUUCUUAUGGGAAGUCGAUGAUACCCCUAGAGUAAUAUAUAACCUGUUAGAUAGAUGGAUGUUAUUAGAGUGGUUCGAUGGUAAAGUUGAAUUCAAGGAUACAGAGUAUAAGGAUAAGAUUUCCUUAAUUAUCCAACAUUUCGUGGCCUUUAUCUAUCAGAUAUUAACAGAAAGACAAUUCUUUCAAACAUUUGAAUCCGCUAACUGUAAGAAAAUGUCUCAGAUAAAGAAUGCUAUUAUGUAUAACCUUUACACAAAGCCAUUGUCGUAUUCAAAAUUACUAAGAUUAGUUCCUGAUUACCUGACGGAAAAUUCAACCUUAUUCGAUCUUGCAUUGAAUGAAGUUUCCAUUUUUAGAGAACCAAAGGGGCUAGCUGACAAUGGUGUAUUUAAACUAAAAGAAAUUUAUUACAGCAAAAUUGAUCCAUUGAGAGUUUCAAACUUGGGUAACGAGUUUGAAAGUAGUGCAUCAAUAAUUAAGAAACAUUUAGAUAAAGAGAAAGGUGGAGAAGAAUCCAAAAUUAUUCUACAACCACAAUUAGUGCCUCCUAAAAAUAUGGAUGAUGGUGCCAAACUGUUAGGUUCUUUUACCAGACAUCCCGUCUUCGCCAAAAUUAUAUAUAAAUUACUACAAGUCUGUUUAGACUCUGAAGAUGGGAUCUUCUUGAACGAAUUGCUUCAUCUAGUUCACGGUAUCUUCAAAGAUGACGAACAAGUUAAUGGGAAAUCUUCUUUCCCCGAUGCCUACCUAUCUAAACCAAUUUGCAACCUAUUAUUGAGUAUUGUUAACUCAAAAACUGAUGUAUUUUCUGAAAAUAUUAGGACAAAGGCUGACUAUCUAUUGAAAAGGAUGAUUACGAAAAGACAAGAGGAGGUAUUCGAUUCUUUAGUUGCAGGAUUUGGUGAUGACUAUGUACAACAGUACAAAAAUAGAAAAUUAAGCGAAGGUGUAAACCUUGAAGAGAGUGAAAGAGAAAGAAAGAAAAGACUGGCAAAGAAACAUCAAGAAAGAUUAAUGGCUAAGUUUAACAACCAACAAAAUAAAUUCAUGAAAGAAAACGAAGAUGAAUUUAAGGAACGCGACAAAGAAGACGUAGUGGAUGAAGAGGGAGACAUUAAUAUGACGGACAGUGAUAAAAUUGUAGAGGGAGAAGAUUUCACUUGCUCUCUGUGUCAAGAUGAAUCAUCUACAGAUAUGUACGUUAUACCUGCAUAUCAUGAUCAUACCCCAAUAUUUAGAAAAAGUCGGUUUGGAGAUGUUGACGAGUAUUUGAAAGAAUGGAAUGGAUUUGACAAUGAUGAUAGCGGGUUUGUAAAGGAACUAGAGGAUAUUUCAGAUGCGGUCUCAAAUGGUACUAAGCCUACUCGAAAAGUCUUUGUUUCAUGUAAUCAUCACAUUCAUUAUAAUUGUUUUAAGAGGUAUAUCCAAAAGAAGAGAUUUUCAUCAACUGCAUUUAUCUGUCCUCUAUGUCAAACGUUUUCUAACUCUGUUCUUGUCGUUCAUCCUACAGUUAAAUAUCAGAAUGGGAUGGACAUAUCAAUUGGAGGAAACCCUGCAUGUUCUGCUUUAGGUAACAGUUUAGCCACACUCAAUGAGCAGGAAAAAACUAAUCUAUUAACUACAUUUGAUGCAGUGCUGACUGAUACACAGUAUUUUGAUAAACAAUUCCAUAAGUCGAAAUAUCGUAGCAUUGCUAAUGCUGCAGAAAUUUUAGCGGUGAAUUUUGCUAAUACAAUUUCAAUGCUUGAAAUAGCUUCAAGAUUGGACAAAGAUACAAACAACACAUUUUUAGUUGGCAAAGAGCAACGAUUUAAAACAUUAAAAAAUUUAUUAAUUUUCAUUAUUCAAAUCUAUAAGACAGCAGGUGCACCUGAAGUGGAGCUGGAUUGGGUGAGCAAGUUACAUCGUGACGAAUUCAAGAACGAAGGCCCAGCCUGCAGAAAUGAGCUAUUCCAAAUUAUAGUAAGAAGUUGCCUGUUCAAAGAUCAAUCAUUAAGCUCUUGUAUUGAAGAGGUUCUAACGGUAUAUUCCCAACUAUUUUUUGAAGAUUAUGUUGGCUGUGCCUUAUCUAACCGCGAAUUCAAUGAAACAUGGAACUAUGUUACUAAAACAUACGAAGCUCCACCUGCUGUUAGUGAAAAAGUAUCCGUGUAUAUGGACAAACUUAUUGUUAAAAAUAAAAUUAACUUUGAAGGUUAUUCUGAAGUCAACCUUGAACAUUUUAAGGCACUUGCAUAUGCAAGCUUUUUGAAACAAAUUCUUCCAACUUUAAGAAGAUGCUUUAUUUUGUUAAAGACUUUCCAAUUAGUUACUUCGGAAUAUGAGGAUAGUCAGUUUAUUAUUGACAGUAUUAAUGUAGAAACAAGUUUAAUCCCCGAGGCUAGCUCUUCACUAAAAGAAACCAUCGAUAGAAUGACAUCAAUAUUGGCGAAAUGCGAUAAUAUUGAUGAACUUAUAAUAAAUGAAAUUGCUGCAGAUCAACUACCUGUAGGUUACGAACAAGUAAGUGACGAAUACUGUGGUGUUGUCAAAUUAAUUAAUCUGUCAAAAUACUUGAAUACGUAUGUUACGGAUACAAAUGCAAUUCGUUUAACCGAAGAAAAUAGACGUAGUAGAAAUUCAUCUAAUAGACUAGAUUUCAAGAUUUGCUUAACUUGUGGUGCUAAGAUUCAUUCCAGAACUGACAGGCACGAAAUCUCAAAGCAUCUUUCACAGAACUGUUUCAAACCAUUUGGUGCAUUUUUGAUUCCAAAUUCUUCUGAGAUAUGUUUACAAUUAAGUCAACCCCCAUCCUCUAUUUUUAUUUCGGCUCCUUACUUGAACUCUCAUGGGGAGGCUGGAAGAAAUGCAAUGAAACGUGGUGAUCUAACUACAUUAAAUUUAACAAGGUAUGAACACUUGAAUAAGUUAUGGAUUAAUAAUGAUAUUCCAGGUUAUAUAAGUAGAGUAAUGGGAGAUGAGUUUAGAGUCAGUAUAUUAUCAAACGGGUUUUUAUUUGCAUUAAACCGUGACCCUGCUACAAGAAGAAGAGUACCUCCUACAAAUGAAGGAGAUGAUUCGGAGGAAGAAGAAUUUGGUGGAAAUGGUGACGAUUUCUUUACUGAUGAGGAUAUAGAUGAAGAAGAUCGUUUCAGAAACAUGAACGGUCAACCAGGUGAUGUUAGAGACUUCUUCCAAAUCUUUCAAACGGUAAGAAACGCGAUGGAUAAUGGUGAAAACGUUGGAGAAGAUGUCGAUUUAACAACACCGUUCCUACAAUUAUUUGGUCAGCAAUUUAGAGGUGCGAAUCCAAAUAAUGAUAACGAUGGAAUUGAUCCGGAUGAGCCAUUCCAUGAUGAUACUGAUGAUGAAGAAACGGCAUGGUAA